AUGGUGUGGGCUACGUCAUCUGGUCUUGGGUGUGCUAAGAAGCGAUGCGACAAUAUUAAUCCCCAAUGGCCCAAGCCGAUUUACCUCAUGGCUUGCCAAUACGAACCUGCCUACUCUAUGAUGAUGGAGCUUUUGGCGGUGAAAUGGGUUGACCGCUGUCAAUUCAAACAUCCAAAUCCUUCGAUUGAUCUGGAAUACAGGGGCUUUGGGCAAAACCUGGCAAUUUCUGGCGGCUACAAGCCAAGUAUGACACAAAUGGCUCAAGGAUGGUUAAAUGAGAGAAACUACUAUACCUAUGCCAACAAUUCUUGUACAAGGGUUUGCGGUCACUACACUCAAAUGGUAUGGGCGACGUCAUUUGGUCUCGGAUGUGCGAUGAAGCGAUGCGACAAUAUCAAACCCGAGUGGCCCAAGCCUAUUUACCUCAUGGCUUGUCAAUACUAUCCAGCGUGA